AUGUUCCACGAGCUCAACCACGCCAAGUUUGGCUGGUUCCACGUGAAGGCCAUCCUCAUCUCGGGCGUCGGCUUCUUCACAGAUGCCUAUGACCUCUACACUGUGGGCCUGAUCUCCCAGAUGAUCGCGUACGCCCGCUUCCCGGACCACCUCAACGCCAAGGGCGCGUACGGCAGCCUGCCCACCAACUACGAUCUCGUCGUUAAGGGCACGGCCCUCAUCGGCACGCUGGUCGGCCAGGUGGUGUUCGGCCUCCUCGGAGACAAGUUCGGCAGGAAGGCGCCCUACGGCUGGACCCUCAUCAUUAUGAUCGUGACCACCGUCGGCUGCGCUGCCGGCACAUGGGGCACCCCCGCCACUUUCAUGGGCGUCUUUGCCAUGUGGCGCUUCCUGCUCGGCAUCGGCAUCGGCGGUGACUACCCCCUGUCUGCCGUCAUCACCUCCGAGUACACCCCCCGCCACAUGCGCGGUGCCAUGAUGGCGGCGGUGUUUGCCAUGCAGGGCAUCGGCUUCCUGGCAGCUUCCAUUGUCGCGGUGAUCGUGGUGGUUGCCUUCCAGAGCGCCAUCGACUCGUGCACCGCCGGCGAGGCCUGCAUGCCCCUGGACCACGCCUGGCGCAUCAUCGUGGCGAUCGGCGUGAUCCCCGCCAUCGCCACCUACUACCUGCGCACCCGCCUGCCCGAGACGCCCCGCUUCACCGCGCACGUGGAGAAGGACCUGACCAAGGCCGAGGCCGACAUGGUGUCCGUCUUCAACAACACCGACGAGUUCCGCAAGCUCGAGAAGAAGACAGACGUGGCCACUGACAACGACGCCAUCACAUUCCGCGACUUCAAGAACUUCCUCUCCAUCCGCCGCAACGCCAUGUGGCUGUUUGGCACCUGCUCUACUUGGUUCCUGCUGGACAUUGCCUACUACUGCCAGAACCUCUUCACCCCCAAGGUGGUGGGUGACAUCGGCUACAGCGUGUCUGUCAAGCCCGGCGGCACCGGCCGCGACAUCUACCACGCCGUGUACGCCAGCACCACCGGCACGGCCAUCAUCAUCCUCAUGGGCCUGGUCCCCGGCUACUUCGUGACCAUCGCCACCAUCGAGAAGCUGGGCCGCAAGACCAUCCAGUUCAUGGGCUUCAUCAUGAUGACCAUCCUGCUGGUGAUCUGCUCCGCCGCCUGGGUGCCGCUGCGCGAGAAGGCCAUCUGGGCCUUCAUCGUGAUCUACGCGCUCACCUUCUUCUUCGCCAACUUCGGCCCCAACACCACGACCUUCAUCGUCCCCGGCGAGUGCUUCCCCACCAAGUACCGCGCCACCUGCCACGGCCUGUCCGCCGCGUGGGGCAAGGCCGGCGCCAUCGUGGGCGUCUACGGAUUUGGCUCCGUCAACGACCUCUACGGCACCCAGCUGUGCCUGGGCCUGCUCGCCAUCUUCAUGGCGCUGGGCACCGUGUGCACCGUGUUCAUCCCUGAGACGCGCGGCUUCUCACUGGAGGAGCUCAACGAGGAGCAGGUGCCCAAGCACGUCAACCUGGCGGAGCAGGGCACCAAGCAGGCCGUCAACUGA